GCCGAGGCCGGCAUGGAGUGCGAGUCGGUGUCGCUGCUGGCGCCCGUCACCGCUUUACAGUUCGUGGGCGACUUCAUCCUCUCAGAAGUGGUUUGCCAUUACCACCUUCUGGGCAGUGUCUUUACAACAGGGAUGACCUCAACCAUAAUCAAUACUCCAGAGAUUGUCUGUCUGCCGUCAGUGGUCGCAUAACCAGGUUUUAUGGUGAAGGAGCCUGUGUAUCGCUGCAUUCCUGGAACUCUGCAAAUGGCCGUGGCAGAAAACUUUGGUGCAACGUUCUACGGAAUUACCGCAUCCAUGGGAUCAAGCUAUGCCAUGGCAGUGGACUCACCUUGCUGGCGGUGUUCGGUGGGAAAGGGGUGGCUGUGCUGGAACUGCGGACGCAGGAGGAUGGAGAGCCAGAGCUGCGGCCGAUGGGCCCCCUGUACGAACUGCAUGAUUGGAUCUGGGACCUCCGGUGGCUCCAAGCAUCAGAUGCCUCAGUUGGCUGCUUUGCCCUGGCGCUUGGGCACAACUCUGUGGUUCUGUGUGACUACUGGGGACGGCGAACCCUGCGUGAGGUUCACUGCGAGGAGAAGUGCAUCCUGUACUCCGCCCAUCUGCUUGGCCGGAGCUGGGACGAGCUGGCGCUAGUCUCCGGGACUGUCUUCAACCAGCUUGUACUGUGGCGGAUGACAGGACCUACUGAUGGGCGGGGCAGGGUGAGAGUGGACAGGCGCAUCAGCGGUCACAGCGGGGUCAUCUUCAGCAUUGAUUACCUGCAGCGAAAUGGAGUCCUCGUCUCGGCCUCGGACGACAGGAGCGUGAGGCUGUGGAAGGUGGGGAGCCUGCCUCACGAGCUGGAGGGUGGGGACAGCGGGACCGAGUGCCUCCUGCAGCUCUAUGGGCACCAGUCCCGGGUUUGGCAGGUGCGGCUGCUGCCUGACCGUGUGAUCAGUGUCGGAGAAGACUCGGCAUGCCUGGUCUGGAGCUACAACGGGAGGGUCACCCAUAGCUUCCGAGGGCACAGGGGGAGCGUGAGGGCUCUGGCAGUCAGUGAGGAUGGAGAGUGGGCUGCCACUGGAGGAGCGGACUCGGGCAUCAGGCUGUGGAGGAUCGGGGAUGAGGAAGCGGAGGAGAUGACCAACAAUCUGCUCUUGCUGGGCGAGGCCAGUGACCUGAGGAACCCGAGAGCUCUGUGCUUGGUUGACCCCACCCUGCUGUUGGUCCUGACGGGCACUGGGAGUGUCUACAGCUACCAUUUGGACACUGGUGAGCACAAGUGCCUUAUGCAGGACCCCAAAUACCAGUCCUACGGCUUGCUGGUGGCCACCAGGCUCCCGGGUGGUGCUGUCCUAUGCGUCUUAGGCAACCUGGAGGGCUGCCUGAAGGCCUUCCCACUUGACCAGCCGGAGGGGGUGGCGAUCGAGCGACAUGAGCACCGGGGCAAAGUGCACAGUCUGACCUGGGCCAGCCAGGAGGGGCAGGGGCCAGGCCAGGGCCACCUCUUCUCGUCAGGGGCUGAGGGGGAGAUGGCAUGGUGGCAGGUGGACUGGGCUGCGGGCCGACUGAGCCUGAAGGUCAGGUGCCGCUUCCUGCUGCCUCCCUGCCGGCACCGGUGGCACACCGAUGUCGCCUUCCUGCCUGGUUCCCCGUACCUGGUGUGCGGCGAUCGCCGGGGCUCGGUGCUGCUCUACCCUGUGGCAGGGUCUCUGGCGCCUGCCUGCCAGCCAGUCUCGGCACUACCAGGCCUCCAUGGGCCGUCGGGUGUCACCUCGGUGCUGUGUUACCAGGGCCUGGUCUACAGCACUGGCCGGGACGGUCGCUAUCGGGAGAUUCGGGUAGAGGAGGAGGGCAGGCUGGUCCUGCUAACGAGUCGACGGCCCCCAAAGGGCGUGGAGUGGUUGGAGCGGCUGGUGCCCGCACCUGGUGGAGCCCACUUCCUCGCUCUGGGCUUCCGUGGCAGUGACUUCCUGGCUUGGAACCUGGAGACAGAGCAGCAGCUGAUGAGGGUGACCUGUGGUGGGGGGCACCGCUCCUGGAGUUUCAGCCCCUCAGAAAGCGGGCAGCACCUCUUUGUCUACAUAAAGUCGGGUGCAGUCUAUGCCUGCUGGGUGAGGCAGAGCGGUGGGAGCUCUGGGGAGUCCCUUCAGGAGCCCUCACACGGUCGAGAGAUCACCUGUGUCACACUGGUGGCCAGGCUCGAGGGCCGCACCGUUGUGCUGGCUACCGGCAGUGAAGAUACCACCCUCCACAUCCUCGCCCUUGACCUGUCCUCAGGCCGGCUCACCAGGCUCACCACUGUUGGCAACCAUAUCUCCAGUGUGAGGACCUUAGCCACGGCCCCAGGUGGAGGUCACGUCUCCUCGACCCUGCUCUUCUCUGCCGGCGGCCGAGCUGAACUGCAGUGCUUCCGCUUCCUGUUUGGGUACGAGGACGCUGCUCUCUCCCUGAGGUGCCAGGUGGAGCACUUGGGCUCCCACAGGUUGGCCGAAGAUUGGGAGCGAAGGAAGAACAGGCACAAGAUGCUGAAGAUGGACCCUGAGACCAGGUAUAUGUCCAUUGCGGUGGUGGAUAGUGGGGUGGAUCCUGGAAUGGACCCCCAUCCCUCCUGGCAUUUCCUGGGAGCAGCUUGCAGUGAUGGAGCUUUGAGAUUCUUUGUGAUUGACGAAUGUGAGAAGAGGGUCCUGCUGCUUGCCGAAUCCUUCUACCAUCAGCGGUGUGUGCUGAAACUGCAAACGUUCACGCACCAGCCAACCACCAGAGGGCGGAAAGUGUUUCUCUGCAGCGCUGCCACAGAUGGACGGAUUGCCCUUUGGGAUACCUCAUGGAUCAUUGAGAAGGCCAAGGCUGCAGACAGUCUCCCAGAGAGAACCCACCAACCUUGGGAUCUGGGAUCUCCCUGCUUGGUGUUCAAGGCCCAUCAGAAUGGAGUGAACAGUCUGGACAUCAGGCAUCUAGGCAAUGGUUGUUACCUCCUGGCCAGUGGCGGAGAUGACAAUGCCAUUCGAGUCUGGGUGAUUUGUAUUGUGUCUGGUAACCAGAGCGAUGGUGCACGAGUUCUGAGCUCGGACAAGCAGUGGGAGAUCACGGAUGUGGAACUGAUGGGAAGCAGGAAUGGUGCAGAUCCUAUAGACUUUCAGGCGGAAGACAUGGGUUGGAACCAGCUGGAAGUAAUUGCAGAUGGAUGGGGCACAGACCGCAAGGUCAGACUGCAGGUUCUGAAGGGCCCUUUUGUCGAGAGUGCACACGCUGCCCAAGUCACUGGCUUGAGGAUCCUGAGCUCACGGCUGCUGGCUUCGACCUCAGUUGACCAGCGACUAACCCACUGGGCACUGAGCCGCCGCAGCCUGAGCCUGGUGCACAGCAGAUGGUGCCAGGUCGCAGAUAUCGCCGAGCUAGAAUGCUGGAAAGGAGAUCCUGCGGGAACCCACUUCUUUGCCAUCUGUGGUGACGGGCUGCAAGUCCUGAAGAGUUGUCAGAAGGGAGAUUGUGGCUUGGACAAUGCAGAUGCUGGGAGUCUGGGAUAAAAUGCUCAAAACACUCAGCAGGUCAGGCAGUGCCUUCAGGUGGCAAAACAGUAAUGCUUUUUGGUGCUAAGACAAUAGACACUUACCAGUAUUAAAGAAUAAAAUAAAAUCUACAGGUGCAGGACACUUGAAAUAAGAGUAAGAACAGAAAAUGCUGGAAAUACUCAGCAGGUCUGACAGCUUCUGUUAAAUAGGAACACAAGACAUCCUGUAGAUGCUGGAAAUCCAGGGCAACAGACACAAAAUGCUGGAGGGACUCUGCAGAUCAGGCAGCAUCUAUGGAAUUGAAUAUGCAGUUGACUUUUCAUGCUGAAAGCCACCUUCUGGACUGGAAAGGAAGGGGGAAGAAGCCAGAAUAAGAAGGUGGGGGGGGGGUUGUCGGAUGAAAGUGGGAGAAUGGGGUUCAGAAAAAUCAGUCAUGAUUGAAUGGUGGAAGCGCUAAAUGUCCUAGCUUUGCUCCUAUAUCUUAUAAAUCCAUUGCUGAUUUAAUGGUUUGUGUGUAGUGUAAGCUGCUCUGUAAUCAGUGAACUAUCCGCUGGUUAUUUUAACACUCGGUUGAGACACCUAUCACGGCUUGUUCAUGCUCCUUGUGAGGCCCUUCCCACCUCUCCAUUUCUCACUGUGAUGGGGAGGUGGGAUCAUACCCUACAGGAUACCUACAUAUCAUUUUAGUCCUCCUUCCCCCUAGAACAGGGCAACAAUGGAGACAUUGGGUUAGAUCACUGGAGUCUCAGGCAGGACUCCUGUCCAGGAUCCCCAUCACAGAUGAAAUUCUUUCUUAUUUCUGUUCUAAAUGGAUGUCACUCUAAUCUGAAGCUAUGCCCUCUGGUCCUAGACUCCUCCACUAUAGGAAACAUCCUCUUUACAUCCAAUCUGAAGCAUCAUUGUGUCUUUAAAACACUGAAAGCAAGGUAAGUUCAUCUCACAAAAUAAGAGGACAUAAAACAGUUCCACAAAACGGCAGCUUCCAGCUCCAAGCACAUGGCAGGAAUAAAGACAAUUGGUCUGUCUGCUUCUACUGUCCUUGACCCGUUUGAGUUCAGUGUUUAUUCCAUAUUUUAAAUCCACCAUGACCAACUCAUUGAGUGCUCCAGCCAGUUGUUAAGCAUAGGUCAUUAGUAAUCGGCCAGGUGCGCCAUCUGGGCCAGUUGCCUUUUGUAGUUUCACCUUUCUGAAGGCUGCUUGCAGGUCAGCCUCAGAGACAAAUCACAGGAUCAUCAGGGCUGUGGGAGUUUUUGAUGGUUUCUCCCAUGUUUUGAUGGUCAAAGUGAGCAUAGUUAAGAUCUGGAAUAUGUUGCCAGUGGGAGUGGUGGGAAGAAUUCAUUUUCAUUUUCAAUCUUUUUUUAUUGAUUUCUAAAUAAAGAAUAUACAAAUCGGAAGAGGAUAAUAUAAAAGACAUAUAAACGGCAAUAGUAAAAACAAAAAGUAUAUAAUAUCAAAAUCAAGUAAGUAAAAUAUUAUGCUGCUAUAUAUACAAUGGUUUAAAAAAAACUACAACUCCUCAUAACGAUCAUAAAAAAAAAGAUUGGAAAUUUUAUUGAUAAGGGAAAAACCCCCCACUAACUAAACUGAAAUAAAAAAACAAAAAAAAAGAGGAAAAAAAAGGAAAGGAAAAGAAAGAUUGUGCAGUCCAAUUGAGGAUAAAAUUAGAAAAAAAAACACAUCCUUCCAGUCAUCUCCGAUCCUUCAUGGAUAGGGAUUUUCCCCAAAGAGAAUAAAGAAAAAUAAAUUAAAAAAAAAUAAAUUAUAUCAUUUGAAAAUAUUGAAUAAAGGGUCGCCAGACUUGUUCAAAAUUAAAGGAUGUAUAAAAUGUCCGGCUUCUAAUUUUCUCCAGACUUAGACAUGACAUAAUGGAGGAGAGCCAAUGAAAAAACAGCAGAUGGGUUAGAUUCUUUCCAAUGUAGCAAAAUAGCUCUCCUAGCCAAUAAAGUUGAAAAAGCUAUCACAUGUUGGGCAGAAGCAGACACUUUGCUUGCUUCCUCUGGAAUAAUCCCAAAAAUUGCUGUAAGUGGAUUAGGUUGAACAUUCAUAUUUAUAACUUUGAUAAUAUUGCAAACACAUCCCUCCAAAAAUUAUUUAAACGUACACAUGACCAAAACAUAUGAGUUAGAGUAGCCACUUCUGCGUUACAUCUGUUACAAAUAGGGCUUAUAUUCGGAAAAAUAUGCGCCAGUUUUAUCUUUGGACAAAUGGGCCCUAUGUACUAUCUUAAACUGAAUUAAGAUGUGGCGUGAGCAGAUAGAUGAAUUAUUGACUAAAUAAUAAAUUUUACUCCACUGAUUAUCUGAAAGUGAAUGUUGAAGUUCUACUUCCCAGGUACGUUUUAGGUGACAUGCGAGCAUUCAUUAACUGUUUAUAAAUGAUAGCUAUUAAUCGUUUUUGAAAAGGUUUAAACUGAAAAAUAAUAUAAGCCAAAUUUAAAGAGCAGGCCAAGGGGUAAUUCGGUAAAAAAUCACGUAAAAAAUUCCUAACCUGUAAAUAACUGAAAAAAUGUGUAUUAGAGAUAUCAUAUUUAUCUAUUAACUGUGAAAAAGACAUUAAACAGUCUUGUAAGAACAAAUCUAAAAAAGUUUUUAUUCCCUUAAUUUUCCAUGUUAAAAAAGCCCUAUCCAAAGCUGAUGGUUUAAAAAAGAAAUGGGAAGAAUUCAUCAGUGCUCUCAGGUUGAUGGUAGAGGGUAGGGAACUUGCAGAGCUGUGCUGAAAUGGGGCAGGUAGCAAUGCUCUGAACUGGUUGAGGCAAGUACAUUAACUGAGGCAGCAAUGUAGGCAGGACUAUGGGCAAAACACAAGCAGAUGGGAUAACCUUAGAUGGGUAUGUUGGUGUUGUUGCACGAAAGGCCCAUUUUUGUGCUGUAUGAUUCUGACUCUACUAGUAGCCACCACGUUGGCUGAUGAUUCUGAUAAAUGGAGGAAAGACCCUAUCAAAGAUGAAAUUGUCAAGCCACAGGUCAACAGUCUGAAACAGACAAACAGUGCAGGUCCUGACUCGCACCCUGGGUUCCAAUUCUGUGAUACAAUCAACCAACUGUCUAGAGUUUGGCUAUGGCUGCAGACCGAUUCAUGUUCCAGACCCUGUUUGUGACCAUACACCUGGUAACACACCGCUGACCUUGUAUGUAUAUGAAUUUGUGGAUCGCUGGCCUUGGUGUACAAAUGAGUUAACCUGAUAACCUUUGGGAUUUCUGAACAAUUGGAUACUGGAUAAUUUGCGUUUUACUGAUUUCGCUUAAAUUGGUUGUCAAAUUUUUAAAUCUUUUGUCUUUAGAGCUCUUUAUCCCUGCAAUAAUUUCUUUGGUGGCAUUUUAAGAAAUGGCUGGGAUUUUCUGUUAUUUAUUUUUAAUUUUUAUUUAGAGAUACAUAAUGUGUCAGACACUUCCAGCCCAAAGAGCCUAUGCCACCCAUUUAUACCCACAUGACCAAUUAGCCUAUGGAACCAUAUGUUUCUGGAAUGUGGGUGGAAACUGGAGCACUUGGAGGAAACAUGCGUUCAUGGGGAGUAUGUGCAAACUCCUUACAGGCAGCAGUGGAAUUGAACCUGCUGGCACUGUAAUAGUGUUACUCUAACCACAAUGCUAGUGUGUCACCAUUUUUUAAAGCUAUCAGAAUCAGGUUUAAUAUCACAGGAGUAUGUCGUGAAAUUUAUUGUCUUUGAAGCAGCAGUACAAUGCAAUACAUAAUAAUAGAGAAAAAUGUGAAUUACAGUAAAUAAAUAUAUUUAAGUAGCGCAAAAAAUUAGUGAGGUAGUAUUCAUGGGUUCAAUGUCCACUCAGAAGUACUUAUGACAGGAGUAGAAUUAGGCCAUUCAAGCCUAUCAAGUCACCUCUGCCAUUUCAUGGUUGAUACAUAGUCCCUCUCAACCCUACUCUCCUGUCUUCUGCCCAUAGCCUUUAAUACCCUUACUAAUCAAGAACCUAUCAACCUCUAUUUUAAAUAUGCCCAAUGGACUUGGCCUCCACAGUAGUAUGUGGCAAUGAAUCCACUCUCCCACUGAAGAAAUUACUCCUUAUUUCAGAGUACAAUUUCUUAGAGAUGCCGGCACAUGUAUGAAUAUUUUACUGUGUUUGCCAGGUGGGCUUGCAGAAUGUGCAUAGUUAUGAAUGUUUAAUGCCAUGCCUCUCAUCAGUUCUGCAGCCAGCGUACACCUACUGCUCGUGCUCUGAAUGACAGCUGUUCACUCCACACCUGGCUGGCUCUCAACAGCUUACCAUGGUGACAUAGGCUGUCAAUAUUAUGACCCUGCAGUGCGGUUAAACCUCAGACACACAAGCUGUAAGCAGGAUAAUGCUGAUCCAGGCAUGGGCUGUGAUGAAGGAAUAAACUGGAGAGGUUCCGUGGACAAUUUCAAAGAGUUUUGAAGAAAAGGAUUUAACCUUCCUGAUCUCAGAACUUUUAGGACUGGGUUGGAAGUGGUCUUGCGUCCUCUUAUGUGAAAAUAAAUGUUGAUUUAAGAGAACGUCAAGCAUUGGAAGCUGCUGACUGGAGGUUCUGCACACGGGUGGUCACUGGACAUCUUCCAGAGGAAGGAAGGGUGAAGACGGUAAGACCAAUACUUUGGAUGGUUGUGGGAUAAUGUGAUGUCUUGGUUGGUGCUGCUCUCCUGAUCAGUUCGAGAUGGAUUGUUCUUGUAGUCCCAUAGUCUAAAAAUGAAGGGAUGGCAAAUCAGCCCAUGGUGGCUUGUGGUUGGUAGUCUCUCAGUGACGAGGAAGUGGUGUUGAAAGUAUGGUGCUGGUUGGUGGGGAAUUUAGCAUCAGGUGUGAGCCUGACUGAAAUCUACAAGUUCACAACAAUGUGCAAUAGAACAUAGAGCAGUACUUCACAGUACAGGACCUUCUGCUAGCGAUGUUGUGCUGAUCUUUUAACCUACUCUAAGAUCAUUCCAAGAUAGCCUUCCAUUUUUCUGUCACCCAUGUGCUAUCGAGUCUCUUAAAUAUCUCUAAUGUAUCUGUCUCUAUCACCACCUCUGGCAGGGCAUUCACCACUCUAUGUGUAAAAAAAAAAUCUAGCUCUGACAUCCCCCGCAUACUUUCCUCCAAUCACCUUAAAAAUAUGCCCUUUGUAUUAGUCAUUUCCACCUUGGGAAAAUGUCUGGCUAGCCAUUUGAUAAUAGAUACUGAUAAUAUUGAUAGAUAUUGUUGUGUUGAUAGAGUUCACAGUUCCUUCAUUGCCUCUGGUAAUUAAAAACAUACAGCUCAUUCCCUGGCUACUCUGUGGAAGAACUUUCACUACAUGGGCUGCACUUUUUAAAAUAAGGCUUCUGCAAGAUAAAAUAUGAUCAGUUUCUGCUGGUGUUCACGGACCAUUCUGCAACUAUGAGGCCAGGUGGGUGGUUUGGACCUGGGUGAGUGCAGUCAAAGGUUGAUGAUUGAGGAUGUGCUGGUUUCAGUCUCCAAGGCUUAUUUCUACAUAGUCAUAAUAUAUACCUAGUGGCCACUUUAGUUAGGUACACCUGUUCACCUCGAUAAUGUAGAUAUCUAAUCAGUCAAUCAUGUGGCAGAAACCCGGUGCAUAAAAGCAUGCAGGCGUGGUCAAGAGGUUCAGUUGUUUUUCAUGCCAAAUGUCAGAAUGGGGAAGAAAUGUGAUCUAAAAGUCUUUAUCGGUGGAAUGAUCGUUGGUGCCAGAUAGGGUGGUUUGAGAAUCUCAGAAACUGCUGAUCCAGAAUUUACAGAGAAUGGUACAGAAAAGAAAAAACGUCCAGUAAGUGGCAGUUCUGUGGAUGAAAAGGCCUUGUUCAUGAGAGAGGUCAGAGGGGAAUGGUCAGACUGGUUCAAAUUGACAGGAUGGCAAUUAGUAACUCAAAUAACCAUGUGUUACAACGGUAGCAUUCAGAAAACCAUGUCUGAAGGCAUGUCAAACUUGUCAAACUUUAAAGUGGAUGGGUUUGACAGCAGCAGAAGACCACGCACAUACAAUCAGUGGCCACUUUAUUAGGUACAGGAGGUAUUUAAGGUCAUUUUCACUAAUUACUUUCCUGUCUAUCCUAGUGUACAAUGCCCUGUGUAUGUUACUCAAAAUGGCUUCUUUGGUUUGUUACGAGUAGGAAUGCUUCUUUGUCGUAUAAGUGUUUCUCUCGCCGUUGUUUAGCUUUAGAAUGGCUGAUAUGGUAAUUGUAUUCAUUUGUUAAUCAAUGGGGCAUGUUAUUGUGUCUUGUGAGGCUGGGAACUUGGGGGAGGGGUUUCCGCGGGUUUUUGGUGUGAGGGGAGUCGGGAGAAAGACGCCGAGGGAGGUGGACGUGCGCUCGGAAGACCACCGGGGAGUCCGUGGUGGAAGACGUGGAUGUCGGAGGCAAGUGACGAAGGGUCGAAUGGUUCGAUGGUUGAGCUCCAACGGGUGCACUAAACAGACUGAACUUUGAUAAAUUGGCGCCUUUUGUUUUUUCCUUGUAUAUAUAUUGUAUAGCCUAAUGCUCUUUUAAUUUUAGUAAACUCUUUAAAGUGUAUUUCAUAACGGUAUUUGUUGUGGGUUUGA